GCCUGCUUGCGUCUUUUCUCCGCACGAGUUCUCCGUUUUAUAACAUACAAACAAUAUAAAACAGGUCACUAGGUCAUUUUUUCUCCCAUCCUUUUCUUUCUGCAAGUUCUGAAUAUAAUUUUGUAUGGAGGCAAAUGUGCCAGACUACCGGAGAAUCGUGGUGAGAGGAAGGACUGCGUUGGAACAAGCUGGUCACUUCACAAUCCGAGUCUUCGCCCAGAUUCAGGGUGUGAGUGGGGAUAGCAUGGCAAGUCAAGGAGAUGUGGGCUGCUGUUAUGUUAAUGUGGAGGAUGCUUGUGAAACAGGCUGUGUUGCAGCCUGUGAGAGAGCUAGUUAUAAUGCUCACUCUGCCUCUGCCAAACAAGUAGGAUUGUACCAUGGCGUGUAUCCGGGCCUGUGUGAGACCAGAUAUUCCCCUGGGCAGGUUCACCACAACUGUCCCAACUAACAAAUGAAUGUGAAGAUUCAUUUAAGCAGAUCCUUCUUGGCCUUGUAAAUUGGUAUAUUUUUGUAAAGCUUGGUUGGAUUUUUCACCUCAGCCAACACAGAUCAUCAUUUAGUUAGAAUUGCAGGUUUACAAAUGCAGAAGGGAUGUGAACAUUCUGCUGAAAAUAUUUAGUAACGUUAGCAAAGAAAAUUGCCCAUUCCAAAAUGUUCUUGUUCUAUCAUUGGAUGUAGAUAUGAAAUCCAUCCUACGAAGAACAUUUUUUUAAGGCACAACUCAUUUGGGAAAGUUCCUUUUUUAUUAAAAGGUUUAAAAAAGGAAUUCAAAAAAGUUAAAGAGAAUGUUUAUGAUGUUUGUAAUUAGUCAGAUUCCAAAUUGGGAGUGCUAAGUGACACUACAUUUCACUCACUUUUAUGCCAAGAGGUCCCCACUAGGGGAUUGUUGGUAUAAUUACACAUUUCAUAAAUUCACUUUUCUCCCCACUUUUGAUUGGAAGGGAAAAUAAAAUCCCUUCUAUCUUCAAGAUAAAGUAAUUAAACAAUUAUUAUCUAUUA